GGACGGGCCAAUUCUGCAUCAUGAUCUACUUGCUAUGCGUUGGGACAGUCGUAAAUGCCAUUCACCGCAAUGGCCAUGUCAGCCACUUGGGUUUUUCUGACGUUUAACGUAUUUUCUUGGUAGACAUGGCCAUAUGCAUAUAUUUUAACGUCAGUUGUUUCCGGAUAUCCAAGUGAAGAAGACGUGCAAUAGUUGGUGUCAGCUUUCCAAAAACGUUUUGGUCAAAACCGCCAAACAAGGAUUAGGCUUUAAUUCAAGACCAGACAUCAACGAGAAAUUCCCGAUUGUCCGUGCCUGGCUCAACCUUGCAAACUUUUGGCUUCCUCGAGCUAAAUUAAGUAUUCCCUUCUGCCAACUGCCGACGUUGCUUGCCGUGCAUAGUCUGGUCCUUGCUUGCUGAACGAAGAGUAAUCGUUACUGAUCACCUUGAAAAAGAGAACGCAAGUUCAUAUCCGCUAUGAUUGAAGAAGCUGAUCUCGAGAGAGAGUUGGUUUAUCGGGGACCUGUCAAAAACCGAUCCUGUACUGACGUCGUCUGUCUCGUCAUCUUUAUUGCUUUCCUCGUUGGUUGGGGCAUCAUUGGCAUUUAUGGUUUCAUUCUGGGUGAUCCGCAACGGCUUCUCUAUCCAACGGAUAGCUAUGGACGGAUAUGUGGUGUCGACGAGAAAUUGAAGGAUAAGCCGUACUUGUUCUAUUUUGAUUUGACUCAAUGCGCCGACUCGUUUCUGUUUACUAGUGGAUGCCCGACACCGCAGGUUUGCGUCAAGACAUGCCCCGUGGAAAACUUUGUGGCUAUAGAUGCAGCAGCCGAAACCGGAGAGGCCUUAACCAAAAUUAAAAUGAUAUGCAAAGAAAAUGUUACUGUUAGCGAAAUGAGCGUUAAAGAGCUCGUAGAUAAGGGAUAUUGUGCCAGCUACUACAUCCAUAGCGAACCGUUGGCCGGCAGAUGUGUUCCUUUACUUACCAACACGUCCGACAUCUUCUCAAAUUCCACCCUAGAGCCUGUGGUACCAAUCGAGAAAAUAGUCAACGUUGCCAGUUCCUUGGCACAUUUUGUGAUUUUAGACCGUAUUUUCCAAGAAUUCUCUAAGACUUGGUGGGUUAUAUUGAUUGGGCUGGCCAUUUCUAUGAUAAUGUCUUUUUUCUGGAUUGUCCUGAUGAGAUUCGCUGCUGGUCUAAUGAUCUGGCUAUCAAUUGCUUUCAUUUUAGUUCUGCAAGGAGUCGGCACCUGGUAUUGUUUUAAGUGCUACACGGAGUUAAAGGAUUUUCCUGAAGCCAACAAUCAAACUCUAGCCGAAAAUGAAUCCGCGACUAACCUGAUUACAUCGAGUGGGAGAUCUAUUUGGCAGAUUAUUGCUAUUUUUCUCUGCAUUUUCAUGGCAUUUACUAUCUUAAUGCUCAUCGUUUUACGUAAUCGUAUUCGCAUGGCUAUCGCUCUAAUCAACCAUGCCAGCAACGCUGUUGGAGAUAUCCUGAGCACUCUGCUCUUCCCCAUUUUUCCGUGGGUAUUCCAAGUCCUCGUCAUUGGCUAUUUUGCUGCAGUGGCGCUUUAUGCAGCUUCCAUUGACAAAUCCAAUUUCAGAGUUGUGGGUCCCGACAAUAAAACGAACAUCAACUGCAGUUGCACAUCAGUGAUCGACUCAGUCGGGACUUGCAUUCCACUCGGAUUCGAGAAAAUUUGCGACAUCCAAUGCCCUGGAUCCACCUGUAGAUUCUUUGAUACUGGUGCCGAUUUCUAUGUGACACUCUUACAAAUCUACAAUUUUUUGGGUCUAUGUUGGAGCAUUUUUUUUGUCUCCGCUUUAUCCGAAAUUGUGUUGGCCGGUGCCUUCGCCUCUUGGUACUGGGCAUUCAGUAAACCUCAUGACGUACCAGCCUACCCGUUGGCUAAUAGCUUCUUCAGGACUGUUUCAUACCAUUUAGGAACUGUCGCCUUUGGCUCUCUGAUUAUCAGCAUUCUCCGUUCGAUCCGCGUCUUGCUGGAAAUCCUAGAAUCGAACGCGCGUGAAAAUUCGAUCAAUUGCUGCUGUUGUAUCAUACAGUUCUUCGUGCGGAUUCUAGAGAAGAUUAUUCGAUUCAUUAAUCGCAACGCCUACGUUUUAUGUGCAAUAAACGGAACAGGUUUUCGUCAAUCGGCAUCAGAUGCGUCUUCGCUAAUUUGGCGUAAUGUUGCAGACAUCGUUGUGCUGGACAAAGUGACAGAAUUUCUCCUGUUUCUCGGCCGAUUCGUUAUCGUCACAACGUUGGGCAUUGUAUCAUUCUACGUCUUCACAAACAAAAUUCCUUAUGUCAAUGAAUGCAUAUCGCCAACCGAUUUCUUCAUAGUUCCAAUCAUCAGUACCGUACUGGGGGCUUAUUUCAUUACCGGGCUGUUUUUCAGCAGCUAUAGCAUGGCCGUUGAUACCAUCUUCCUCUGCUACCUUCAAGACACGGAAAUUAACGAUGGAUCCGCCGAAAAACCCUUUUACAUGUCACAAGAAUUAAAGGAAAUCCUUGGGAAGAAGAACUAACCAUAAAGCACAAACUAUAAAGCUUUGCUAAUAUUGCUAUGCCAUCUUUGCUUUUGUCACCCCCUUCUCUUUUAAAUUCAAAGUGCACAGGAAUUUUUGGACGCGUCGCCCGAGUAACUUCGUUGUGUCCAUUUGGAGGAAUACCAAUGUUGGCACAUUUCUCUUGCCUUAUUAUAUUAUUGGACGUAUGUUGCUCUCAUUUACAUUACUCUGAUGUCACAGUACACAGAUGUCUUAACAUUU